AUGCGAUUCUCACUACAGCUCUUGGUGGUCGCCUUUGCUGCCCUCCUCUGCGCCGUCUCGCCCACAGAUGCCAAGCUUAGACGUGGUCUCGCUUGGGGUGUCAACGACAACUACGGCCCAAAACUCGCAAAGGGCUUGAUCAGCUGGUAUUGGCACUGGCAGGAUGGUCCCAACCCCAAGUUCAACGGCAAGCUCCAGUGGGUCCCUUGCUUCUGGGGUCCCAAGUACCAAUCGCAAUGGGAACAGCGCAAGCGCGAGAUGAAGGGCAACCUUCCCCAAUACAUCCUCGGCGUCAACGAGCCUGAGAUCCCCGGCCAGGCCAACCUGAGCCCCAAGCAGGCCGCCAAGCUUCACAUGAGGGAGCUCGAGCCUUACGCCCGCAAGGGUGUCAAGAUCAGCUCGCCCCAGAUGGUCUACAAGACCGAGUGGCUCCAGCAGUUCAUGAAGGAGUGCAACAAGCUCGGCUGCACCGUCGACUUUAUCGCCAUCCACUGGUACGGCACCACCAAGGACAUGGCCAAGCUCAAGAGGUGGGUCAAGACCAUCCACAAGACGUUCAACAAGCCCAUCUGGAUCACCGAGUACGGCGUCACCGCCGCUUCGGGCCCCAACAUGAACGCCAUCAAGAGGUUCCACAUGGACGCUACCGCCUGGUUGACCAAGGUGAGCUACGUCAAGCGUGCCGCUUGGCUUGGCUGCUUUGUGGUCAACAACCCUCCCGAUUCGUACGCCAACAACAAGAACGCCUUCUACAACGACAACGGCUCGCUGCGUGACAUUGCCCACUGGUACAUGUACUCGUCGAAGCCUGUCAAGCGCUCUGCUCACUCGAACCGCGCCCUCCCCUCGUCGCACGUCGCCCGCCGCGGUCUGACGCACAAGGAUGAGGAUGGAAACGACAUCGUCGACGACGAUGAUGACUCGGAGCCUCCUGAGCACAUCAUCGAGUGCGACGAGUACUGCCAAGCGCGCGACAAGGCCAUCGCCGACUUCGAGGCCAAGAACGGUCCCAUCAGCGAAGAAGAUGACUUGGACGACGACAACGACGACGAUGACAACUAG